GCUGAGGAGUUUGCGUCAAAAAGUUGCUGGCGAGAUUUGUUUCUCAGCAAAUCUCCCCGAGAGAGAAACAGACCUCAGCUCUAAACCUUCCAGCUUCUCUCAUUGGCCAGCACGCGCUCUUCAAAUCCAACUCAGCAAGUUCAUCAAUAUCAACAACAUCACCCCGAUUUCGCCGAUCGAGAAUUUUAAGGUUGGACAAAAUUAUUUCGCCUCAAUUCAUCCGUGUAAAAACGGUAUAGACAUCAACAUAACCAGGACCGGAUAAAAAGAAAAACAAGCGAGGACUACAAGAGGCCUUCUGUUUACUUUUCACCAUUUUCGCCAACUUUACCCCCCAGUCCAACUUUAGCAUGAUGUCGUAUCUAAAGCAACCACCUUACACAGUCAAUGGACUGAGUCUAACUACAUCCGGAAUGGACCUUCUGCAUCCAUCCGUGGGCUACCCAGCAACACCGCGUAAGCAAAGACGAGAGCGGACCACUUUCACCCGAGCUCAGCUAGAUGUUUUGGAGGCCCUAUUCGCUAAAACUCGUUACCCUGAUAUAUUCAUGCGCGAGGAGGUGGCCUUGAAGAUAAACCUGCCUGAGUCCCGUGUACAGGUCUGGUUUAAGAACCGGAGGGCGAAGUGCCGUCAGCAACAACAACAGCAGCAGAACGGGGGCCAGAACAAGGUUCGGCCAGCCAAGAAGAAGAGUUCUCCAGCCAGAGAAGCGAGUUCAGAGAGUGGGGCGAGCGGCCAGUUCACACCCCCUUCCAGUACCUCAGUCCCUGCCAUCUCAACUAGCAGCGCGCCGGUGUCGAUCUGGAGUCCCGCUUCUAUUUCUCCACUUUCCGAUCCUCUAUCUACCUCCUCCUCCUGCAUGCAAAGAUCGUAUCCGAUGACUUAUACUCAGGCAUCGGGAUAUAGUCAAGGCUACGCCGGAUCUACUUCUUACUUCGGUGGGAUGGACUGUGGGUCUUAUCUUACUCCCAUGCACCACCAGCUAUCCGGGCCCGGCUCUACUCUCAGUCCCAUGAGUACCAACGCGGUCACGAGUCACCUCAACCAGUCCCCGGCUUCCCUAUCUGCCCAAGGGUACGGAGCUUCGGGACUGGGAUUCAACUCUACCACCGACUGUUUGGAUUAUAAGGACCAAGCCGCAUCCUGGAAGCUGAACUUCAAUGCUGAUUGCUUGGAUUAUAAAGAUCAGACCUCGUCGUGGAAAUUCCAAGUUUUGUGAAACGAACAGUCAUCGGUGAAUAACAUUAAUAAACAAAACAAAAAAAAUACGAUAACAAAACAGACAUGUAGUCCUGCCAUCUUUCCAUAGACGCGUGCGUAAACUGAGUAUUCUGAGUUAGCCAGGUAGCCAUGGGAUUGCGUAGGGCACUGGCAGUCUGACCCAUGUGUCCUCCUUAAAUGAGAGGUAUAAAAUCGUCCCAGCACUGAGCAAGAACAUUUUCUUUCUAUUAACCUCGCAGGACGCAAACGGACAGCCUCAUCGUUUGUAUGUGUGUGCGUGUGUCCCUCUGUCUGCUUACAACACCUGUUGGUUAAUUUAAGAAAAACUUGGAGUGAACUCUUAGUAACUUUGAUCAAAGCCACGGAACAAAUCGUCAUCCAACGAAAAAAUGAUCAAGCCAAUCCUUGGUUAAGUGCUUGGAAUGGGCAGGCUUUCCCUAAGCUUCUUAAAACUUGCCGACCCACUUCCUGGUUGGCGGAUGGACCCUUUGAUCUGGACGGUGUGUGGACUGCGCGCCCACGAGGCGAACUGGAUGCACUACUUUAUUUAAGAAAAAUGUUUAUAAGGAAUCAAUAUGUAGUUUUUAAGAGACAAUCAGUGUGUGUCUUAUAUAAAUGGUACAUAUGUGUUUUUUAUCUGUGCUAGCCUUCGAAACUGUGAUCUGUUGUAUUGUAUGCAAUUUGUGAGUUCCUUCGCGCCAGCGGAGACUCUCCUGCUGUGAUUUUAAUAGGUUUAUAACAUUUUUGAAACGGAAAAGGUAUUGAAUAUGAUAAUAAUAAUUAUUAUUACAAAUAGAUCCCCCAACUGUCCAAACAUAGGAGUUUCGGUGCUUGGAGAACAAACUUGAUUGCAAAAGCCUUUAUACCCGCCGUCUCUCUCCUCUGAUCGCAUAUUGAUCAACUGUCGUGGAACUUAAGUUGGCUCUCAUAGUGGUGCAAGCCACCGUUGCAAAGAAACAGUGGACACAAAUAAAGGUCGAUUGAACUGACCCUUUAAAAAUGA